AUUGUACUUUCUUUUCGAGAAAAAAACUUAACAUUACCAUUCAAAGCAUUUUUCCACUGAUGUGGUUUUGACAUCUAGUCAAGAACAAUGUAGAACCUGACCAAUAUACGAACCGGACGUAGUUUAACAGGUAGACUAACAUCUCGCCUAGACUAGAGCGAAAGCGUCUACCACUGUCAGACGUCGUAUGUAUGUCUACCUCCAGAUUCAGUCAUUUUCAAGUUAUCCCUGGAUUUUUACGACGGCAGAUCGGGCUUUCUAGGUAACUGAAAACUGGAUCGAUGCGAAAGUGCAAAUAUGUUCAGUUGAAGUUGUACACCACUAACUGUUUAUCCCAAUCUCUAUAUAAUAAAAAAGUGAAAUUUCAUCGCCGAAACCUAGUUUUGUUUAUUACAUAUCUGUUGAGUCGAUGAAUUAUAACAAAUUCGUUAUCACUGGUGUCAAACACUGUUAGAAGUACAUUCAUUAUUCCUUCGAUUAAGCUGUCGAGUCGGUAGUUUAAUAGCGCAUUUAGAAACCCGCCGAAGUGUGAAGAAUAUCGCGGUUCACAUGGUCAAGUUUGUGUCGUAGUAAUGAGUUUUUCAUCGAAAAUCUCGAUUUCAUUAUCCAUUCUUUCCAAGACGAAUUUUUUGCUGCCAAAAUUACGUAAAACUGCAACAAAACUGGGUCCUGCAUAACAGUAAAACGUUUGUCAAGCUAAAAAACAGUUCAAACAAUGAAGUCUAAAUAUUUAAAUUCUAUAUUAUUAUUCGUAACCAAAGCUGAAUUGAAUUAAAUCUUGGUUAAAAUACCUUUUUGGACAUCCUGUAUAUAUGUUAAGUAUUUCAAUCAAAUCGACAUUACUCAUGCAUGUUUGUUUCUUGUUAAGGUUCAAUACUGUCUCAACAAGUAAAUCUCAUUAGUAUUUCAAGAUGACGUUGACUAUUACGUAAUAAUGUAAGAUUAAUUUCUUUACCACUGACCUGGUAUAAUUUCUAAUUUAUUUCUAGACCCAAUGGUACGUAUCAAAAAUCGAUACCUCGUUUGUUUCAUUUCGAUUCAACCUCAAAAUUCCAAUUCAUUUAUACCAGGUUAUCCUGGCUGCCAAAAGGAAGAUACAGCGGCGAUGCGCUUGAGCGAGUCUGAUUUAUUAGCCAUGAUAAAACAAAACAUCACCCUUACACACGGUUCACUUGGAGUCGGUAAAUGUAUGUCUCGCUUCAGAGUAAUUCACUGGUGUCCUGCUUCCGGUUUAUUGAUUAUACGUUGCCUUCGUAGCAUGUCUGUUUACGUCCAAACAGCACUCUCUUUGGUUACUCACUUAGAUCUCAAUGGACAAAAAAGGAAAUCGGUAAUCGACAUUUAUCAUACAAGCGGUACAGUCAGAGGCUGUCAAAAAUUCCUAGUCAUGUUUUACUCUCAUAAUUUAUUCUCAAGACCAGAACAAUUAUUUCGAACAGCCUUGUCUAUUGCCGUUGAACGAAAUAUGAUUUCUCCAUAUCCACCAUACAUCAAUGAAGAAUCCUAA